UUUGGAGCAGCUCUUCAGUUUGAGUCCUGAAGCUCUAAAUAUUAGAUUAAUAUUAAAAUUAGAUUAAGAUUAAUGUUAAUAUUUAGCAAUGCUGUAAAAUGUGGCACAGACAUCAAGAGCACCAUCAUACACGCUAGAAUUUAAAAGACUCCAACUACAAAAAAGAAGAAAAUAAUUGUGAGUCAUGGUUCCUCAUGGUUCCUGCUGAGUUUCGAUUGACUUGAGAUUGCAAACAUAAGUGUUGGAAUAAUGACCUUUGAGAUAAAUGAUAUUGUUUUUGAUCUCUGAUGAUCAUCUUUGAUCAUCCUGAAGUAUCUCAUGGUGUGGAAAUGUUCAGUGAGGUGUUGACAUCUCAGAGGAACCUUUACGCUGAGCUGUGAGCUGAUUUGGUCUUUCUUCAUGUAGAUCAGCUGAUAGAGUGAAAAUCUCAUCAACAUCUCUUGUGGCUCUGGAGCCAGAGGAAUGCUGAGAAAGCACUUUGGAUGGAGGACAUCACUAUAAAUACUUACAGAGAGGUUGUAUUUUUUUACAUUUAACCAGGAAUCACAGAGGAGCUGGUCAUGGAGGUCUCAGCUGAAGAGAUAUGGACAGGAAUGAGAACAAAACGAAUCCGUGGACGCUUCCGUGCAACUCUUGCUGGACUUCUGGAGCUUGAAGUCUUAAGAGUGAGACACAAAGAGAUGGUGGAGGCAGUGCUGGAGAAGCAAGAAAGUCCUGACCACUUAGACGAUCUAAUAAUCCAACAAGGACGAUAUCAGUUUUGGGUGGAAGAAAGUUCUUUUAGGCUGAAACUCAAACGUAGUCUCUCAGAUGAGAACCUCACAGAUAUCAGAAAUCCCAGAACAUUUCUGGACCUGAGAAGAAUGGGUGUACAUCACUCAUCUGAAGAUCUCCACAGCCAUGAAUGUGACAACAAGCGAUCAAGGGUGAGCUCUGGAUUCUGUGAGAGUCACAGCGAUGCUGUGAGUUCUCUUUCCACCUCUUUGGCUUUAUUAAGUCACCAGAGUACUGACAGUUCAGCAAGUUCUAGACAGGAACUUCAUACAAACUCCUUCUGGAGGUCUUGUUUAUUAAAAACCAAAGAGGAACAUGUGAGGAAAAGUGAUACAAUGACUGGAGGCUUUUCACAAGUUGUGAUUCCUGAAGCUGGAUUCUUAUCUGUGGUGGAUCUGUACCCUGAUUCCCACUGGCCUGAUAUCUCUGACAUCCUGCAGCCACAAGUCAUCCUGGAACCAUCCUACAGAUCCAAUCUGAAGAGUCUACAGGGCUCAGAAAUUUAUCGCUAUCCUAGUCCACUCCAUGCUGUGGCCUUGCAGAGCCCGCUCUAUGCUCCACAAAGCCCAGAGAACAAGAGGAAGAACGAGGGAUGUUCUCCAGGAAUUUUUAUCUCCAGGACCAGCUCCUUGCCGAGAUCAGAUUUUGUUCAUGGACAGAGGAGAGGUUUUGAAUGUACCCACUCACACCCAGAUUCCCCCACCAGCAUGAAGUCAGUCAUGUCUUUAACUUCUCAUGCUCGUUUAGAGAAUCCCCAGUGUGAGGAGAUCGUUUUGAAGCGAGCACGAGGUGAAGUGUGGAACCAUACCAAGGCAGAGUGUUCAGGAAUCACCUCAUGGUCGAGGAGAAACUUGGCCUCACUCCAUCGCACAUGCUCAGUGGGAAGAAGUAAAACAUCUUCGUCUUUCAAAUCAAUGCUUUUCCCAAACAGACCUACAGGAUCAUCAGAAUCAGGACCUCCAACAUCUUCACAAGCUCUUAGUCCAAGAUUCAGAGGACGACUCGGAACACACAAGAACCGACUUAGAAGACACACAGCUGCUUUGACCAACCUGAACAUUUUUCCAGAAAGUAACAGGACUUUGUGUGAUAGAACUUCAGCUGGGACAAGCGUGCUUCAUCAUCGACAUUCCUCUGAAGUUCCUAAGGGCUUCAUGAAAGGAACCUCUGGCUGCUGAAGAACCAGUGAGCCAAUCUGCUGAAAAAUAAAGAAGACACCUGAUGGGGGACAAAAAACUAUCCAGGAAGUUUAACAGGUUCUCAGAACCUGAAAAGGAAACUCUUUGAUUAGGUUCUGCAGAGGGUUUCUCUGGUAGGACAAACUGAAAGGCCCAUUAUGGUAAUAGAUAUAACUUUUUCUCCAGAAGUGUGUAGUUCUGGUUUGUAGGGAACUAAGAGUUUCAAUAUGUUUCCAAAGUUUUCAUGAAGAUUCCUUGAGGAGGGUUUUGUCCCUCAGAUGACCCAAAGAACCAUUUAAGAUCUUUCAGGCUCCUGUUGUCCUUACAGAGGAUUCUUCUAAAGGCAUUCGUGUCCUCUAUUAUAUUUACAUCUAUAAUCUGAUCUUACAAUGAUGAUGAUGAUUUUUAAAAAUGAUUUGUCCAUAUUGAUGUUUAAAAGUCUUUAUUAAUCUGUAACGAGAAACAUUUGAAUGGCAUCUGAGAAUAAAACAAAAAACAAUGACCUCAUGUUCGAAGUCAGACAGUUCAUCUCAUCAUUUUAAGAACGAUCCAGAAUUAAAAGUGAUUUUUAAUCAUCUGUAGUUCAGCUCAUCUGAUUUCAGAGCAGUGACAGAGGCUCAACCUGGCGACUUGUCCAGGGUGUACCCCGCCUUUCGCCCGUAGUCAGCUGGGAUAGGCUCCAGUUUGCCUGCGACCCUGUAGAACAGGAUAA